AUGGCUAUAGCAGCAUUGGUCGGUAUGACCAAGGGCAUUGGGGUGAAUCAGACCUGCCUCGACAUUAGAGGCAACGUCUCCAGCUCCAGCGCUGUUAUCACGAGCCCACUGGAUGCGAGGUAUGCCAUCGGCAUUGACCACUGGUUCGCAUCGUCAAGCCAAAAGCCAGCGUGUGUCUUCGAGCCCGGUACUCCAGAGGAUGUGUCAAUCGCAAUCAGUAUCAUAGCACAGUCACAUACGCCUUUUGCCCUCAAGAGCGGAGGCCAUGCCUCAAACCCCGGUCAUUCGAGCACAACCGGCGUGCACAUCUCUUUCGCGCGCAUGAAGCAGGUCAAUUUAUCCGGGGACAAGUCAACUGUCGAACUCGGGAUGGGACUGACCUGGGCGGAUGCAUACAAAGAGCUCUCUAAGGAUGGCGUCAACGUCGUCGGCGGCAGGGUGUCCGGGCCGGGCGUCGGCGGCUUGACACUGGGCGGAGGGUUUUCCUGGAAAACAAAUCAGUUCGGACUGACCUGUGAUACUGUGAGGAUGUACAAUGUUGUGCUACCGAACGGCACAAUCACCACAGCGUCUGCCAGAACCAACACCGAUCUCUUUUUUGCUCUGAAGGGCGGCCUGAAUCGUUUCGGUAUUGUCACCUCUAUAGUCUAUGAAACACACCCACAACCACCCCAGAUCUGGGGCGGCCAAAGAGUCUAUACCGGCGACAAGGCAGACGCGCUUCUAAACGCCACCGAGGUGUUCACCCGCACAAUCACCGACCCCAAGGCCCAGGUCAUCCUGACCCUGGAGGGACUGCCCGCACUCUCGCUCACACCUGUGAUCCUCAUGUUCUACGACGGCCCGGACCCGGGAGACAACUUCGCAAUGUUCGACGGAAUCAUACCCGUCAGCAGCGGCACGUUCGAGCAGCCGUUCACCAACUUCGUGGCCGCGCAGGCGACGCAGCUCAUACAGAACAACCGGGGCACCUCGCACACGGUCUCGGUCUCGGCCGUCACACUGCCGCUGCUGGAUGCUGUCAAGACUGAGGUUCAGAGACUCACGGCCCAGAUGCCCUUACACAGCGGCUCGCUGGUGAGCGGGGGUGUUGACCCAUUCCAAGGCUACGGCCAGUAUGCCACGGAUAGUGCAUACCCUCACGCGGACUCACCCCUCCCGGUCAGCCUGUACUGCGCCUGGGGUUUAACCAUCGACGACGAGUUCUGGAUUAACUCGGUCAAAUUGUCCAUUGCCAACAUCAAGCAGGUCGCCAUAAAGGAGGGGAUCUUCAAGGAAAGCUUUACUGCAUAUCCAAACUACGCGAUAGGGGACACGACUGCCGAGGAGCUCUACGGGACGACGAACGCGGCGAGGCUCAGGGCUAUCAAGGCCUCUGUUGAUCCGGAUGAAGUGAUGGAAUUGGCUGGUGGCUUCUCUCUACGAUGA